AUGGGGACUGGCUACAUGGAGGCUGGACUGGUUGACCUCCAGAGGUCCCUUCCAAGCCUCACGACGCUGGGAGUCCAAGGCACAAGGCGCCGGUGGCGCAGCUGUUGCCCGGCGAGGGCCAUCGGAGCCCGCCGAGGCCACCAGGAACCCGUCCGAGAGGCGCCGACUCCGCCUGAGGAAGCAGCAGUGCCCCCGGGGCUGGAGGGCCGCGGGCUCGUCACGGAAGGCGUCGGCAAGCCCGGGACCGCCGGCACGACGCGCCCGGUGCUGCCGGCGCCGCUGCCGCCCUGCCCCUCAGCGCCCUCCUCCGCAGGUCCUGGCCGGACCACAAGCAACGCGGCUGUGAGCGCUGUCUUCAGAGCGGCGCCGUACAGCGGACAGGACCCGGCCGGGCCGGGCCGGGCCGCCGAGGCUCAUGCGGGCUGCGGGCGGCGGCGAGAGCGGGGAGGCGGCAACGGCCCUCGGCGGGCCGGCAGCCCGCGGCGAGUCGCUGACGGCGCUAAGCCUUUGCAGUUGCAGAUGCAGGCAUGGGGAGGGCAUCCGCAUCUCCUCAGCUGGGUCCUGUGCCAGAGCCCACCUGGCAUCCCAGAGGUAAGCCCUCAGAGAGCCAAGUCCGUGGCUGCAAAAGCAAAGUCCUACCAGCACACAUCAGAAAUCCUAAAGGCAAUCCUGAAGGACCUGGAGGGAUCAGCCUACGAGCUGGGCCCUGAGACCAAGGAGAAAGAGACGCUCCAGGAAGAAGGCCACAGACCCGAGGUGCCAGUCUCUGCCCAGAAAACAGGGGCAGGUGAGGCUGGCAGGAGAAGCACAAACCCUGGGGAUGCUCAGGAUUUCCAGAAGUACUGCAUAGAAGGUGUCGUGGCCGUCCUGGGCUCCGUACUCUUUGGGAUGCUGCUGUGCUGUGCUCUCUGUGUGUGGAAGAGGAGGAGAGAGCGCCGCUCUGCAGCAGUGUGAGCCUCCCGGAGCAGCACCGCAGCUGCCCCCCACACCCGGAGGGAGGGAGGGAGGGAGGGAG